AUGCUGAUUGACAGAGGAUGCGCGCUGCGCGACGACAUUGGCCGGUGUGACGAGAAGACCGCGUGUGAUGGUUAUCUUGCCUGGCUCGAUGAUAGGCUGGGCUUACCAUUGGAUAAGUUGACUGUCAAGCAGGCAAAUGAUUUAGACCGAUUGCAUACUACUAUUGUGUCAGCAUACAACAAGGAGACAAGGCGCAUGGGUUCGUUCCUGAAACAUAAAAACAGCGAAAAGAAAUGGCGUGAUGUGAUCUACAACCAUGUUGAGUAUUAUGACAUGUUAUUCAAAUGGGGGUUGAGGAGUAUAGAAUACCCAGAAAGUCUAUCUGUGGCGCCAGCAGAUGAGUCUGUUCUCAAGGGGUGA